UGGUGGCCCUUUCAUAUUUGAUUACGUUCAAACAUGGUACAUCAACCCUCAGAACGAGCCCCCCUCCGUAUCUUAUCCAUGGUCAAUACUACUUUAUACAACGAGCUAUUCUAAGCAGAGUCCCCCUCGUCUUCAUCGUUCUGGGAGGAUGUUACGUAGUUCUACAAGCGUUCGGAAUCCUGUUGCUAAGGGAUCCGCCCCAGACACGGCAGACUAGACUCGUGGACGUUGAGGAGGAUGUGGACGACGAAGAGACAUCACUCUCACCCGAAAGAGAGCCUACUUCCAUCACGAGCUACGGCCAUGAUGAACAAGAGCACUAUGUGUCAUGGAAACACAGUUGGAAGAUGAAGGACUUUUGGCUGCUGUGGUUCACGCUGCUCUUCAACAGUGUUGGUCUUGUGUUCUUUUCAACAUUCUGGAAAGCAUACGGACAAACGUUCAUCCAUGAUGAUCACUUCUUGGCCGUUGUUGGAAGCUGUGCGUCCAUAUUCAAUGCUGGGGGCAGAAUCUGGUGGGGGCAUUUUGGCGACAAAGUGUCCUUUAAGGUUGCCAUGAUGUCCUUAUGUACAGUAUUCACGGUGCUUAUGGCAACGUAUAAGUUGACGGAACUAGCAGGAAAACCACUAUUCUUCAUCUACGUAUGCCUGACGUUCGGAACUUUCAGUGGAAACUAUUCGUUAUUUCCAUCUGUCACAGUGCAAACAUUUGGACAACGCUACUUCAUACAGAACUAUGGACUGUUGUUCACCUCUCAGGCGGUCAUGUCCGUGAUCAUUGCCGUCAUCGCUCCCUACAUCCAGGACAACUUUGAGUGGUAUGGGUUCUUCCUCCUGUCGACUGGGUGCUCCGUCGUCAGUUUCCUACUGAUGUUAUGUUUAAAGCAACAGCGACCGUUCAACUGAGAAACGGGAGCUACACCCAUCUGAAACCAGUGCUGUAUGAUUCUAGUUUGCAUAUGCACUUUCUUCGAAGAAUCUUCCACCGAAGAGUAACAAAAACGGAACAAUAGCAGGGAGCAGUCCAACAGGGCUCCUUGUUCACUCUGUUUCUUAUUGUAAAGGGUGAGGCAGAUGCGCCUGGUUUUACGUUUAGUCCGUCAAAUACAGCACCAAUGAACAAAUGUUUUUCAUCCUGUUAAUUCAUUUAAUUGACCCGUGAAGAUGUGGGUUAGAACUGGUCUUCAGUUACCCAUGCAUGUCGUAUGAGGCUACUUACAGGAUCGGUUGUGGUCAGGCUCGCUUGACACAUGUCAUCGUAUCCCAGUUGUAAUACAAGGCUCAUGCUGUUUGUCACUGGCUUGCCUGGUUCAGACUCCAUUAUUUACAGCCCGCCGCCAGAUAGCUGGAACAUUGCUGAGUGCGGCAUUAAACGACAAAAGGUCUCAUUCAAUCAAUCAGUUACAAAGUCUCACACAUAUUAUAAGACUGGCCCUAGAACAGAAAAUCAGUGCAUUAUGUCACUUUCAAUAUUGAAACAUCUCCUUGUAUAACUCGAAAUGACUUGUCAUUUCCCCUGUCGAAAUAAAGGCUUCAUUGUGUAA